CGGUGACUCUAUUUUUGAAUUAUGGUAAGUUUUUGCAAUUAUUCUUCGAGAUUUAUCUGUGCAGGAGUAAAAAUCUUAACUUUGGAAUUGGAGAAGUAGAUCGAUGCGUCCGGCGAAGCAACUGGACCGCACUGCCGAUUGUAAUUUUAUCAAACAGGUUGUCUGCGUUUCAUUGACCAGCCGCAUUUCGCUCCUAUCAGAAACAGAGGUGGUUAUAUUAUAUGGAGUGAAAACUGAGGGCUUGGGAUGAUGAAAUUCCUCCAGAAAUUUUCUGAUUCGAUAAUGAAAAGGGCAGUUUUGAGCUCCUCAAUUUCAAUGUAUUCGAGCGAGAGAUCGCCCAAUCUGUACGACAGACUUGUGAAAUGUUACCGAGAGAGGGUUUCGGUGAUUCCAGUUCUGGACGAAUGGGUCGCUCAAGUUGGAGAUAUACGCCAACAAACACUCCAACUAUUCAUCAAAAACUUCACCAAACGCCGCCGUUUCACGCCCGCCCUUCAUAUAGUUGAAUGGAUGAGCCGUAGCAGGAAUCAGUAUGUAAUUACCCAGAAACUCGCUGCGGUUCAGCUAGAUCUAUUGUUCAAGGUUCACGGCAUAGAUGAAGUAGAGAAGUAUUUCAACGAACUCGACGAUGUUUUACUGGAUUAUCCAGUUUAUGUAGCUCUUUUGAACUGUUACGCCAUGGUGAAAUACGUGGAGAAAGCAGAUCAAGUCAUGGAACGCAUUCGGAAGUUCAACUCCCGCAGUACUAUGCCUUACAAUGUAAUGCUGAGUCUUUACUGUACGAACAGGGAGCACGUGAAGCUCGAGGCAUUGGCACGAGACAUGCAAGAUGAGGGCAUUGUUUACAACAGGCUCACUUACGAAAUACUGUUAAAAGCAUACGCUCGUUUUGAUCUAGAGCUGAUGGAGAGGCUUUUGGCAAAGAUGGAGUCAGAUGAUUGGGACUAUAUCAAUUUUCAUACUUAUGCUACAGCGGCGAAAGGGUAUCUCAAAGCUGGUGAUUCUGAGAAAGCUUAUGCGCUCUUGAGGAAGGCCGAGAGCCUGACUGGUGUUCAUGGAGGAAGUAGCACGUAUCUAAGUUUGAUAACUUACUAUGCAGCAAUGCAGAGAACAGCAGAUGUGUAUCGUAUAUGGAAUCUGGUUCCAGACUUUGCUGAGUUAUCGAAUAAGUACUAUGUUACUAUGAUAAGUUCACUGGAGAAGUUGGAAGACCUUGAUGGUGCCAGAAAUAUCUUGGAGGAAUGGGAGGGAACAAACACAGCCUUUGACAUUGAGAUUCCGAACCUUGUCAUCCGUGCUUACUGCAAGAAAGGUGAUGUAGGAGAUGCUGAGAUAAUUCUGAAGCGACUCAUGGAUUCAGGGAAGGAGCUUAAUGCAUUGACAUUUAGUCAUAUGGCGCUCGGAUACCUAAAAGAUGGGCAGAUGGAGAAGGCCGUGGAGUUUACAAAGAAGGCGUUUCUGGCCAGUGUUCCCAGCUGGAAACCUAAUCUCAUUGUAGUCUCAGCAUGCUUAGAAUAUCUGCAAGAGAAAAGAGAUGCAAAUGGAAUGCAAGAAAUGUUGAUGCUGCUGGAGAAGUGUGGCAGCUCCAAAGACGUCAUCAAGGAUAUCAUACAAAGAUUCUCGAGCAACGAGAAGCCAAAGACUGAAAACCAGAACAAGACAGCAGCUACAGGAGAUUUCUACAUCCCUUUAUUCUCCUCAAUUUCUAGUGGGAAAACCAGCUGACCCCCCUCAAGAUGAAGAAGCUAUACUCCCCAGGCCUUCUUCAUCGAUGUUAGGCUGACAGCAUCCAUCCAUAUCUUACUGUGACUUUGUGAUAGAGAUGUAUGCCUUCAACAUGAUGAUUGUUGAAAUGAAUUUUGCAAGUAGCCAGUUUGGCAUUUGAGUUGGGACGAAUUAAUCAAUUGCUCAAGUUUUGGUCAA